AUGAGAUGUUUACCUUAUAUAAUCCUCUUUACAUUUUCUAAAAUGCAUGGUAUAAGUCUUUUCCAUCAAAACGUUUUGCGGAAAGAAGAUGUAAAAAAUAUGGCUUCAAGACUCAACUCUACGAUAGAUAAUAAAAGGAGUAAUCUUUUUGGAGAUCGCAAGAAAUUUCUUUCUUUCCUUAAAGAAGAAAAGGAAAGUAAUGACAGUCAAGAAAGUGGCAAAAAUGAGGAAAGUGGCAAAAAUGAGGAAAGUGGCGAAGGUGAAGAAAGUGGUGAUAAUACUGUUAAGCGACUUUCAAAAGCAUCACCAUAUCUUAAAUUGGGAAAUAAUUUAGGGAAAACAGUAUUUGGAAGAGGAGGCCUCUUAGGAUAA